ACCGGAAAGACAGUACAAAUUGAUCGCAAGCUUAAAUAGUGCUCUGUUCUGCCUUCCACCAAAUUAAUAACAGCCCUAGUUACCGCGAAUGCUUUGCAUGCAAUGCAAACAGUUUCCUACAUACUACAGAUACCGUACAUUGACAGAGCAUUGUACUACUACUGGCUGUAAUAAAUAGUAAAUUUUACUCUUAUCAGGCGAGCUCUGUCUCGGCAUCUCUAUAACACUGACAGCUGCAUGCGGUACCUAGCCAGUUGCCAGGCACUGAGAGGCACAGUCCACAAUCAGCGCUAUAUUAGCUGACCAGUUAAGGCAGUUGUACAGAGUGCCGAGCAUAGUAACAGCUCUGUUUGCUUAACCAUAUAUACGAACGUGUCCUAGCCUCCACGGUAGCUGCUAUUGCUGCACCACCCAGCACCGCACAGCCAUCCGGCGUCAGCCACAACGACCGCUGCAUCUCCGGCCGGCCGCCGGGGCGCCUCCUCAUGCCGGAGAAGCCUCCACCGCUCAGCCGCCGCCCGACCGCGGCGGCGGGGAGCUGGGUCCGGUCCCUCCACUGCAAGUCCAUGGCGGCCGACGACGUGGCCGCCAGAGUCGCGACAGCGGCGGCGCCCAAGAAGCUCCACCCGCUCCUCCCGCGCGGCGCUGGCUGCGGGAGCUCCGGCGACACCCUCAGCCACGUCGUCUCGUCCAAGCCCACCAGCAGGCCGAAGCCCAAGCCCAAGCCCAAGCCGAGUCCCGAACCGGCGAAGAGGAAGACGGCCAAGCCGAAGCCGGCGGCUGUGCCGCCGUCGCCGCCUCCGGGCCCUCUCGGCCCGGUCCCGGCGCUCACCGAGCUCCCGGCGGGGCACUCGUCGCGGCAGGUGGUGGAGAUCAUCUUCCUCUCCUCGUGGUCGUCUCCGCUUCCGGUUCCGGUUCCACAACCUCCGCCUCCACGGGGACCGGGAGCGCCCACCACCACCACCAGCAGCAGCGCGUUCCCGGGCGUGGUGGAGAUGAUGUUCCGCGUGCACAACCCGGCGCGCGCCGUGGCGCGCUUCGAGGACUACCGCGCCGCGGUGCGCGCCCGGGCCGGCGGGGCCUCGCGCAGCGCGGCCGACGGCAACGAGAUGAUGCGCUUCUCCCCGGCGCCGCCGUACGGCUCCUCCUCGGCGUCUACCGCGACAACAGGCGGCGAGGACGACGGCGCCCCGCGCAUCCGGACGUUCGACGGCAGCGGCGGUGCGCACGCCAGCGCGGCGCGCGGCCCCCCCGCGGCCGGCCGCCGCGCCAUGUUCCUGUGCAGGGUCAUCGCCGGCCGCGUGGCGGAGACGGAGGCAGCGGCGGCCGGCAAGGACGAGCACUUCGACUCCGUCCGGGUCGGCAGGGGCGGCGAGCUGGUGGUGUUCGAUCGGCGCGCCGUGCUCCCAUGCUUCCUCAUCAUCUACAAGCUGUAAAAAGAGGGGGGAAAGAAAAAACAUCGCGAUGUCCAUUAACCCUGCUGCUAAUUCUUUUCUCACAUCUCACUUGCCUGCUAAACCAGUCAACUGCAUAUAGCAUACUACUGUAGGUGUGAAUAAUCUCAUCAGUACUUGCGUCCAAUCAAAUCAACCGUUAACCUUCGCCAUUA